AUGGCCCGGCGAGCAGCCGGCGCCAGUCCGCGCUUGCGGCCUGUCACCCCGAGAGAGGGCUACAGCAUGCUGCCAGCGGGUCGGCCUUCGCUCGGGCGGCGACAAAUUGAGAAUAUGACAGGCCGCAGAGCUAGAAUUGAGCAUGACGGCUCUGUCCGUGCUCGGAGUGAGGAGCCAUCCUCUGCUCGAAGUCCCUCAAGCGCGAGUUCAAGGAAUCCAGAGCGCCAUGGGCGCACAUGGGCAGAGCUGAUGGUUGAAGCCCAGGAGAUGCCGCUGCAAAGGUCAUGUGCGGCCAAGUGCAUGGCCGCGGAUGAUGUAUUUGCAGGGGGUUAUAUCUUUUUGCAUGAACGAGAAAGCAAAGCCACUGGCUUUAGGCUGCUGCUCAUGGCCACCUUGCCAGCAGGGGUCCGGGAGAAAAAGGAGCUCUUGCAAGCGGCGCGAAAGGGUAAAGUUGAGGAAGGCAAGCAGCUCAUCCAGUCCCUGGUCCUGGCUGGUUUUCAGGGGCCAGGCAAAGACGAAGGGAUGGACUACUGCGAAAAGCCGUUCUUCCGCUCCGCCCUUUGGGAAGCUACAUGGAAGAAUUGCGAGCCCAUCGUGAAGCUUCUUGUGGAGAAAGGUGUCACCGUUGACUAUGCAGAUUACCAGGGUCGGACGCCUUUGCAUGAGGCAGCCUACUAUGGUCACCAAAACCUGGUGGAGUUCCUUUUGGACAAAGGCCAUCCGAUCGACGCAGUGGACCAGAAUCAGCAGACUCCACUCUUCCGUGCCGCUGAAGCUGGAAGAUAUGAGAUUGUGGAGCUCUUGGUGAAGAGGGGUGCACAUACUGGGAUGCUGGACAGUCAUGGAGCAAGCUGCCAGCACUUCGCAGCCUUCUAUGGGUGUCCAGACAUGGCCACCUGGCUUCUAUACAAAGGUUCAUGGAAGAAUCAGUUCUCCAUCCCGAUGGAAGUCCAGCUUGAACCACCGACCGAGCCAGACUCACCAGCAUCUCGGACUGGUUGA